AUGAGGGAUACGAGCUCAGCUCCCAAGACCAAGCCGCCGCCAAAACCACCUCGAGGCUACAAAAGAAACGCAUGCUCAAACGGACAUAUAGCGGUGGCUCCGCGCCACCGGUCCGUCUCGCGAUGCUACCAACCCCAGGAGCCUGGUAGUGCCCAGGUCGAUGCUCACGCCCUCCAUCCUGCUCUGGACUACCAGUGUCGUAGCUUUCAUCUAUCACUCAGUUUCUUCCAUACCGUGGGUCUAGUAGCUUCUAUCGUGCAGCUCACCGAUUUCUCAUACAGAGUUAUCCGGCGCAUCGAUGAUCUGAGGGGACAGCUUGGAGACGUUCCGAAGGCGUUCGCCCCGGUUCGGAGGGAACUUGAGUACGUUGAAGGAUUGAUCCAGAGCCUGGACACAGCGGCCGUAGACCGCAGUGACAUGAAAGACCCAGUCUACGCACUCAUCGAAGGUUUCAAGAAGCAACUUCAAGAGCUGGAAGACUUCAUCCGAUGCGUCCGCAUCAAUGAACAUCAGUCUUUGAUAGCAAACCUCGGAAGUGCGAUGACCAGCGUGCGCAAGGAUGACGACUUGGAUCGGAGCCAAGUAAGGGUCGUCAUUCAAGGUCUCGGAGGCCAGGGCAAGACUCAAAUUGCCUUGGAAGUCACACGCCGCCUGUACGACUGCCACUCCGUCCUAUGGGUGGAUGCAAGCUCAGAGUCGUCUAUAUUGAAGAGCUUUGAAAUUAUCUGCGAUACGAUACAAAACGAUGGCGCGGUGCCUCAGAAUCCCUCUCGCAAAGUGCAGCUGGUAAAAGAUAUGAUGCGAGGUUGGACUGCGUCAUGGAUUCUCGUAGUUGAUAACUACGACGACCCGCGCCGAUUCCCCACCCUACUUGAUCAUCUUCCUAGGGGAUCAAGCGCAAAGAUUCUUAUCACGACAAGGAGCGCCGAGGUGCAGCGAUACGCCACUUUAUACAUUCCCGUUUCCGGCCUCGAAGGAGACAGCGCGUUCUCCAGCCUCGGUCGGUUUCUCGACAUCUAUGAAGAGAAGAAGCACAUCAUGUUCAAGUAUACACCCCAUGGCUGGGAGUACCGCAAGGUUUUCGGCGGCGAGAGGCAGGACUCUGCAGUGAGUGUUUUCACGACAUGGGAGAUGUCUUUAGAGCAACUAGGGCCAGAUGUGGAAAGUCGGAAGCAUGUCAGAGACUUCUUGAGCACCUGCGCAUUCCUCGACUAUACGCACGUAUCUGAACUCGUUCUUCGCUAUAAGAUACGCGAAUCGGCGCUUCGACUACACAGCGGCUGUGAUUGGCAGCAACUCUUCUUCAAUACCCAAGGCUCGUGGGACAAUGACCGUUAUUAG